AUGUCAUAUUAAUUUAAGAAUUCUUAAUGGCAAGCUAGAAAAAAAGAGUUGAAAUCAAGACGUUAAUCAUAAUCAAGAAAAUUUAAUAAUAUCAAAGCUUAGGUCUAAAUAAAUAAUUCUGCAUUUAAUUGUAAUAAUAAUUAUAUAUCAGAUCUUUCAAUUGAGGCACCUCCAUCUCUGAAACCAGCAAAGAGAUAUUGCGAUGUGACUGGAUUUGAAGCAAAAUAUAAGGAUCCUGUUACUUAAUUAUAUUAUUGUGAUUCAAUUGUUUUCAACUAUAUUAGAAAUUGCCCAAAGGCAAGCGCGGAGACUUAUUUAAAUAUCAGAGGGUGCACUUAAAAAUUGAUUUCUUGA